AGACCUUCGAGCCUCGGCCCUCGAGGCGAGCCCGCGGAGGCCGCGGAGCCCAUGCCUGUCCGGCACACCUUCAUCCACUUCGGCGCAGACGGCGCCGAGGCGGGCGCCGCGGCGGCGGCCGCGGGGCCCGCCGCGGGCGGCGCGGGGCGGGCCGCCUCGGCCCCGCCGCUGCUGCAGCGGCGGGCGUUCCGCCUGCGGGACCCGAGGAGGGACGAGGCGCACCUGGCGGGCGACUGCCGGCCUUGUGCGUACUAUUUCUACAAGGAGGACGGCUGCCGCUGGGGGGACGAGUGCAGUUUCUGCCAUCUCUGCGCGGAGGGUGAGGUCAAGAAGCGGAAAAAGGAGAAGCACAAGGCCAUGAAGAUGCAGGCGCGGUGCGCCAGGCGCGGGCGGCCAUGCCGCGGGGAGCGGUGACUCCGCCCUCGCGCGGGCGCGAUGCAGCUGCCGGAGCGGGGCUAAGAUGUUCGGCAGGGGACGACGAAUGCCGUGUGUGAUAAAUACUGUUCGGGUAACAGCGCUUUUCACGCAGCAAUUGCCAGCGAGCUGCAGCCCAAGGCAGCAGCUCAUGUACAGCGCUGGCCGCUGCAUCUCUGGCACCCUCUGCUGAGAGCAGGCGCGACAGGAGCUCCGCGGCAGGCAGCAUCGCCCUCCGGCGCACUAUUCUUUCCUCAGCGAGUAUGACGCAGGGGUCUUGCGCGAGGCCUUCUUCGUGCCCUGCCGCCGUAGUGCCAAAGCGGCGUGCGAGGCUGGGACGUGAGAGUGACGGCUUCUCCGCUCCCGAUCGCCGCCGCUGGACUUCGGUUUGGACGUGCCUCGUUUCCUUGUGGUGGCCAGGACGCGGCUGUGUUCGGCCCAUUGUGUAGGCACAUUAGGCGCUGGCGGUAGAGACCCAGUGCACGAGGCCGAUUUUCGCGCUGGCGGUAUCGGCAGAGUGUAUUUGCCGAUGCGCUGUCACCGCACAACUCGCUGGGUUUCUGUAGUCGGGACGAGCUCGUUGUCCGAACGAGCUCGUUGUCCGAUCGGCAAGUGCAGGGGGCUCGGGUCCGCCGGUCCGCCAGCCCUCGGAAGAGGGAGGUCGUGAGGACGUUUCGGUGUUAUCGGACGCCUCGGAGAUGGCGACGAGGUCAGUGAUGGCGAUGGAUAGACAAUCACAUCACAGGCCUUCGCUUUCUCGCACCGGCAAGCUGGGAGUGGCGGGCAUGGUCGAUAGUUUUUGACCGAGCUGCGCCCUCCUGAUGUUCCUGAUCCUACUCUCCCUCUUCCCGGGGUGGACCUCCUCCCUCCCCCCGCUCCUCACCGCGUCCUCGUCGUGCCGCCACCGGAUGCCGCGCCGUCGACCACCUCGCUCUUUGGCUCCACACCACGA